ACCUUGUUUGAAGAUGCUUUGUCGUCAUUGUUUUUCCUCUUUCGUCUCUCAGACGUAAAUAACUAUCAGAAACGGAGACAGUUAUUAAGACCUCGUAAACUCGUCCUCGCUGUGACACUACGAUUUGGCUCGACACGAGAGAUCGAUUCGAAAAUUGCUCCGAUUUAGAUCGAUUAGUUUCCGGUAAAAGAGGGCAAAAGGAUUAUCACCCAAACCUUUCGGAACUUUUAUUCUGUAUGCCGUGUGCUUUAGACAAGAAUUCUUUGUUACGCUGUGGACAGAGGGAUCCUGAUGCGGCUAUGCCCUUGGCAGGGCAUGGAAAGGGAGGAUUCUUUAGGAAUUCGGAAUAUUCGGGCUUGUUUGAUGAGCAAGACCCAGAGAAACUCUUCAUUGAUCUGAGAGAAAUUGGACAUGGCAGCUUUGGAGCGGUUUACUAUGCCAAAAAUGUUAAAACUAAUGAGGUGGUGGCAAUCAAGAAGAUGUCCUAUAGUGGCAAACAGUCCAAUGAGAAAUGGCAAGACAUUGUGAAAGAGGUUAAAUUUCUAAAGCUCUGUAGCCACAAGAACACCAUUAGCUACAAGGGAUGUCAUUUAAAGGAGCAUACAGCAUGGCUUGUUAUGGAGUAUUGUGUUGGUUCAACUUCAGAUAUUUUAGAGGUUCACAAGAAACCACUUAGAGAAGUAGAGAUUGCUGCAAUAUGCCAAGAUGCUUUGCAGGGUCUAAGAUAUCUGCACAGAAAUGGAAGAAUUCACAGGGAUGUGAAAGCUGGAAAUGUUCUUUUGACUGAAGAUGGAACAGUCAAGUUAGCUGAUUUUGGUUCAGCAGCUCUAGCAGCUCCAGCAAAUUCUUUUGUGGGCACACCAUAUUGGAUGGCUCCUGAAGUUAUCUUAGCCAUGGAUGAAGGACAGUAUGAUGGAAAGGUGGAUGUGUGGUCAUUAGGAAUCACAUGUGUUGAACUAGCUGAGAGAAAGCCACCUCUUUUCAACAUGAAUGCCAUGAGUGCUCUCUAUCACAUUGCUCAGAAUGACCCACCAAUGCUUUCUACUCCAGAUAACUGGAGUGCAAGCUUUGUUGAGUUUGUUCAGCUAUGCUUGAAGAAGCAACCAGCUGAAAGACCCACAGCAGAAGAUCUUCUACAACAUCCAUUUGUAUCCCAACCAAGACCCACAGGCAUCCUCCUUGAGCUGAUUGAGCGAACAAAACAGGCUGUAAGGGCCCUUGACAACAUGAAUUACCGCAAAAUGAAGAAGAUGAUUAUGGGGGAUCCUACGGGGGAGUUAAGUGAAGAAGGUGACAGUUCUAUUGCAGAGACAGAAGAUGAUGAUGACAAGUCAGAAGCAUCUCUAUUCAUUGUUCCCACGUCCGCAUGCCAUGUAAACUUUGAUGGGGUGUUGGAGGAAGGGGACGGCCCUUCGGCAUCUGAGGACAGCUUGGCCUUCUCUGAAGACUCCUUAUCUUCGUCAUCGUCAUUUCUUCACUUCAGAUCUUCACAGAGCGCCGAGAUGGAUAAGAACAAGAAAGCGAGUGUGAGCAGCACAGCUAGUGUUGCUAGCAGCACAGACAGUAUACCAGGAGCCGAGCAAGAUAAUGAUACAGCUGCGGCUGGAAUUUCAUCGUUUGCUGCUUCGUCUAUCAGUUUGCAACAACAUCGUGAAGACGAUGACAGGUUUGCUACCAUUCGCCCGCAAAACCUGAUCGCCCGACAGCACCAGGAGCAUAACAGGCAGGGCGAUGAAAUGAGGGAUCAGCUAGAAGUGUACAAGAAGCUUAGGCAGACUCAUCAGAGGGAAGUACUUGUACUCGAGAGCAGGCUACAGAUGGAAAUGAAUGAUCACCGCAGGAAUCUUGAUAAGGAAUAUGAUCAGCAGGUACACCAGUUUGAAAGAGACUUGGAAAAACUACGGACCAGACACAAGACUGAAAUGGAACAAAAGCUGAAACAGAUGUCAGCAGACGAGAGGAGGUUACUGAAACACAUCAAAGAUAAACACGACAACGACAUGAAAAUAUUUCUUUCCGAUCAGAAGGCGGCGUACAAAGCGGCUAAGAACCAGUUUAAAAAGGAUCAGAGCAACCGUAUGUCAUAUCAAGGCCAGAAAAAUUCAUUACAUGACCGGCAAGAGAGAGCGCUGCGAGAAAAAGUGCACGAACAUGAAAUUGUGCGCAAUGCUGAACUAAGAAAGUUCCGCCGCGAACAACUCCUGCAGCGACAGAACUUGGAAAAAGUGUUACUUACCGAGGAGAUGAACAAGCUGAAUGAGCAGAAGGAAUUGUCGCACAUGAUGUUGAUAAGACAUCAUGAAUGUACUCAGGACAUGGAGUUCAGACACUUGAGCUCAGUACACAGACUGAGACGAGAUCAGCAGCAGAACCAGCACCAAACAGAGUGGAACAGUCAAGUGGAAUACAACAAACGGGUCGAGAUGGAACUUAGAAAGAGACAUUUGUUUGAACUCAAAAUGCAGCCAAAAACUCUCAAGGCGCGCGAAAUGCACAUCAAGAAGCAAUACAGAAACGCGAUAAAGACACAGACGCUACAGUAUAAAGCUCUGCAGAAACAAAUAUUGGAGAAAGCACCGAGGGAAAAACACAAGGAACUCACCAAGCAACUGCGCGAGGAGAAGAUGAGAAAGAUGGCAGAUCUCUCCCUUCAGUACGAUCAGAGCAUUUCUGAGAUGUUGCAGAGACAAACGUUGAAGCUGGACGAAGACCAAGUGCGCGAACAGGAAAAUCUACGGGUCAAGCUGCAACAGGAGCAGGAGUUACUGAGCGCCUACCAGAGUAAACAGACCAUGCAACUAAGGGCCCAGCACGAGCGCGAAGAGAAGGACCUACAGGAAAAGGUCUCGGUUAGAAGGGCCCUUCUGGAAGAAAAGAUGUUUCAAGAGACAACUCGCCUGCAGGACUUUAGAACGCAAAAGCAGGAGGAGCUAGAACUUAAGCACGUCAAGGAGCUGGAAGAUUUUGACACUAACUCUAGUAUGGGUAGUAGUGGGUCGAACACGCUCUCGUUGAAACAUAGGAGUACCAGCAGUAUUAGUACUGUGAGUAACUCCAGCACGUCAAGCACAAGAAGCACAGAGAACAACGGCACCGUGGUGCAACAGCAGACCAAUGACGAAAGGCUACAGGUCAGCGCUGGCCCCUUACGGGUGUAACCAGCUGCAGUGUAGGACGAUAUGUCCUUUUCAUUACAUGAAGUAUACUGCGUAAUUAAUACUCACUAGAGACCGGCUUCACGGUGGCGGAAAUGAAAGGGAAAUGUUAUUAUAUUCAAAGUCUUAAUGGAAUAUAUUGAGCGUGGUUCCUCGGGGUUUCGUCCAUGAGACAAUCACGCAUAGUUCAUGUCUUUGCGCGGUAUCCGCGCGUGUAUGCGGCAGGGAUGAAACUUAGCCUCUUUGCAAAUGCUUCUGUGUUUUGUAACAAGUCAAGGAGGGCGUAUAAUGUUAUUAUUGUGACUUUAAGACACGUUAUCUUCAAGUGGAGUUAAAUUCGGCGAGGAAUUCUGUAUUGAGAGCAGCGCGGUCUAUAAAAAUUCAUUUUUGUGAGUGUUUCUUAUGGACGGCGCAACGGGCAUAUUGUUCUAUUACCUCUGCUGUUCUUGUGUCUUUGUUGUUCGACUGUGCAUUCCUACCGUUUCGUUUCCCAAAUAUGAAGUCAACGUGGGUCGCUGUACUGAAGCAUGGCAGAUGGAGAAGGGACUUUGGACCUGUCAAGAAGUCACCGUAUUUCGGAGCUUAUUCCAUGAAGUUUUCACGAUUACAAGAGAUAAUUUCCUGCAAGUCACCAGUAAGAGUGAUAAUUGCGUUUUUAAGAAAGAGCUCUCACGACUUGAGCCAGAUAUAUGUUGUCUAUUUUUGUAUAAUAUCCAAAGGGUUUGUUCGAUAUUUGCUUAUAUCAGUUUUUCUCUCUUCUUUUAUUGUUAGCUUUGAUUGUUCAUUGUUUGACUUAAUUUUCGAUGCAUCAUUUGAGAAGUGUUCGUUGCCUUUUGGAGACCCUGUCAUCUUAAAAUCUCAUGCCUUGGGUUGACACUUGACGCGGAGUGUUUAAGGUGUACGAAUCCCCCUUAUGAUGAGGCAUGAAAAAGACCUUUUUCUCAGAAAUUAGGGAUCUAAGAUAAAUGUUCGGAAAAGAAAAAACCCUGUAUCAACUGGUGUCUGUUCGUCAUGAUUUGACUGAAAUGUGGAGUAUUUGAGGAAUUGAUCACUAAAGGAAAAUGUAUUAUUAUAUUUCAAAAUUAUGAAGUUUUGUCUAUUCACAAUUACUAUGAAGUCCGGAAAUUUUUUUGUCGUCCACAUCAGGGCUUUUGCAGGGUAAAUAUUUCCUGUGAAUUUAAAAGCAGUCAAGGCUGACAAAUCAAAAAAGAAGUUCAGUCAGUGAACAGUGUAUGAAUAAACUUAACUUUUUCUCACCCAACCGGGUCUGAUAGUUCAAAAUACGACGAACGUUAAUCCAGUAUUGGAUGUCAACAACUUUGUCAGUUUUACAUUUCCCAUCGCCUAUUUCAUCUUGCAGUUUUAGAUAAGGAAAUCGCUGUCGUUCAAAAUCAACAGCAUAACCUAGCAAAUGAUCUGCAAAUAGUUGUGGUAAACAGAAGAAUUUAGCGCACUUAAUAUUUUUGAAACGCAUUCUUGAUCAUUGGAACCUAGAAGUAUUGCGAUUAUUUCGUAGACUUGAGAGUUUUCAAUAGGUUCUUUGAGCAGCGCCAUUCUUAUUAGAUUAACAUUCCCAAUGAAUAGUGCUCACCAUAAAUGUAUGGUGAAACUGUGAAGGUAACUUCUGAGUCGAUUCAUGCGAGUAAGACAAGAAAACGGAGAGUCUCUCUUAAAUAUACAAAUCGCUCAUUUAAAAUUCUUGGAUCAGCACCAUAGUAUUUUGAACUCCCAGGCCCGGUUUCUCAUAUUUUUUGAGAACAAGUUAUUUUAUCAUUUUCCCCUUAAACAAAAAGUUUAAAAAAAAGCACGAUUACAAUUGAGUUGUCAUACUUUUUUGGCAUUGAAUAAUCUCUCUGUUUCUUAUUAGUGGAAGUUAGUUUUAAUGAAGAAAGGAUAGUUAUUAACAAUUUACUGCCUUGAAAGUCGUGCGUAUUUAAGUUAAUGAUAAGCGGUAUCAUUUUGCUGUAGCUUGUCCACGUUGUUAUCCUCAAAGACAGUUCAUUGAUAUGUAAAUACCUAGUCACGGGGACUUCGAAGUUUUCUUUUUUUCCCUUUGGAUGCAGGUACGAAGUUGCUGUCUCUUUUCUUGUUAAAUUCCUUAACAGAAGUCAACAGUGUCAAGAUGCUGUCAUCUGCAUGUAAAUAUUUUAAGCCAAUGAAUUUGAAUUAUUAACUGAAAGUAGGCAAUAAAGAUUUUAUUUCAUCCGU